UUUCUUCUAAGGUAGUAGGUAUCGGGUUUCCCUGUUCAUACUCCGAACAUGAGUUAAUAUACUCUUGUAGAGCAGAUCACUUAGGGCUUUAUACUGGUUCGACGACUGGGUUCUUGUUCCUUUCUCUUCUUUGUCUGUCCACUCCCUUUGUUUUCAACAGUCUUUGGAGCUUCUGAAGAUUCUGCCGCAAGAUCCAAGCGGUAUCGUCGGUGCACCACCGCGUCAACCAGCACCACAGCUUCCUACAACUGGGAGAGAGCCGCAGGGCACCCCCACCCACUCCUGUGUUUGAGGAAUUUCAUGAAUCUAAUGCUGAAGGGCGUGGAUGCCGAAGAUUUCUUUUCCUUGAUUUGAUGGCACGGAUGUUCGCAUCUGGGUUGACAAGUGCGAAACCCUCUUUAGGAUGUACCAAAUCACUGCACUGAGUGAGGUUUCAAGGCUCCGAACAGAGCUGUUACUGUUACAAAGUACAAGGAUCAGCUUUUCUUCCCUUCCGGCGAACAGAAAAGAGAGAUACGAAGGAGUAAUGACGAAAGGUUGAUUGUUCGUAUGUUCAGUGAUGGCGAGCCUUCAACCAAUAAAAAAUACCUUAAAGAAGAUGCGUAGGCCUGAAAUCAUGGUGCAAUGAAUAUCGUAGAUAGAGUGAUUUCGAUCUCAUAUAGCUAGCUUUCCUUUCAAAGUGAAACGAUUUUCCUUUUACGUUGAGAUAUUUGAAUUGGAUUUUCUUUCACCACUACUAUCGUAACGCACAGAAAACACUGACGUUUCCGCUCGCUUUCAACCACUGCCACUUUACCUGAGCACUGUGACGCAGUCGGUCAAGUAUUGAGUUUCUGCUAGUAUAUCAAGGACUUAUGAGAACUGAAAAGAAAAAAACUAAAAAAGGAAUUCUCAUAGUUCAUUGAAUUAAGGGAGGACCAUUCGUGGGGGGUUCGUGGAAGAGUUGGGUUCGAUUCCCUUUAUACGCGAUGUGGCGAAAAAGACUGAUUCAACGAAAUAUGCCAUGCCAGCAUUAAGAUUUAAAACGUGUCGUCUACUUCCAGGAAAUGUUCGGAACAGAGAACUUUCUCUAAUCCAACGCCGUAUUCUCCGAAGAUUGAGGAACAAGAGGAGAUCCAUUAAAAGAAAUCUUUCUCGGAGAGAAAAUCUAAACAGUAACAUCAAAUCACAAACUACACGAAAGUUGUCUCUUUAUUAUGGGGAUUUACCCAUAAGGGAGAUGCACAGAGGAAGAGAACGAACUUCAUAUAUCCCUUUUUUACUCAAUCAAGAAACAAGAUCGGACGUGAUUCCGGUUCGUCUCCAUUUUAGUGACACUCUUCCUCAAGCAAGGCAGCCGAUAAGUCAUCGAAGGGUUUGUUUGAAUAAUGGACUGGUAACCAUUACUCAUUUGAAAGUUUCCCACGGUGAUCUAAUAUCUUUUAAAGAAAAUGACGCGAGAACCCGCGGUUUUGAAAUAAGGAGAUCUUUCUAUAUCGACAUAUCAGUUGGAAAAAUCAUAGGCAAAUUCCUAUCGGCCAUAUCAGUUGGAAAAAGAAGAGGCAAAUUCCUACCGGCCAUAUCAGUUGGAAAAAGAAGAGGCAAAUUCCUACCGGCCAUAUCAGUUGGAAAAAGAAGAGGCAAAUUCCUACUGGCCAGAAUCUGGAGAAGAACAAAAACAGAAUGGUUCCGCUUACUCACAACUCAGAGGGGAUGCCGCUUACUACUCAAAUCCUUGUUUUUGCAAGAGUUGCGUUCUUAUAUGCAAGAAGAAUACUUUGAAAGAACAAAGAAGUUUGGAUCCGCAAAAGUAUGCUUAGGCAGUUCCUUCGCUGAGCACAACAGAAUGAAGAGGAAUUUGUUUCAUUUCAAAUACUUCUUCUUAUUGAAAAGAGGGAAGGAGAAAAACCGAAAUCUUCCUACUCGAACAAUAAGUCCUUUUGUUUACAAGUCUUCUUUAUAUAGUAAUUCGACCUAUUGCUCCGGAUCCCCGUUUACUAGGAAGAUAAGAAUCAAAAGGAUCGAACUACCUACUCAUUAUUCGGAGGUGAAUCAUAGAACACUAAAAGCUGUGGUAUCUUAUGGACCUAACAUAGGUCACAUCCCUCACGACAUAAGAUUGAAAGAUCCAAACCUUCCUCUUCGGAGCGGAAACGGACGUGGCCAAAACAUAUAAAAAAAGAUCGGCCUAGUCGCUCAUAGGGACAUAUCUAUCCGGAUAGAGGAUAGUCUAGAUCAAUUUGGAGAAAAAUCUCUCUCUAUAUAGAUAGGUAUCUCUGUGGAUAGAGAUAAAGAUAGGGAUCCCUAUAAAUCGAAA